AUGGCUCUGUCGCUGGAAGCCCAGAUCCAGCAACUGCUCGAUACCCAAGCCAUUCGAGACAUUUCGGCCCUCUAUAACCGCUACGCCGACGCGGCCGACGGGGACAAGUUUGCCGCCCUCUGGACCGAAGACGGCGAGUUCGAAAUCGUGGGCGACAAGGUCUACCGCGGACGAGAGGAGAUUGCCUUUGCCUGUCGCGCGGCCACCGAAGUGUUGCACUUCGCGGUCGAUUCGCAGGUUAAGAUCGACGGCGACAAGGCCGAACAGGCCUCGAAGCUGCUGCUCUGCCACCUGGCCCCCGACCACAAGACACUGGAGUUUGCCUGCACCACCACCAUCACCGACCGCUUCGUCAAGCAGGAGGGCAAGUGGUUCAUCAAGCACCGCAAGUCACAUACCGACCUCGAAUUCCCGGUGGCAAUCAAGGCCAUGGGGCUGGUGCGUUGA